AUGAAGACGAAAAUAAAUUUCAGAGGAAUUGCCGUUUUAUUUCUUUCGUUAAGUCUCCAGCAACAUUAUGACAAUAGCAACAAUGACAAAAGCGAUUCAGGCAGACUUGAUACAAACUUUUUAUUCAAUGCUAAUUUCGUUUCCUCCCUCUACAUACCCAUUUGUCUUUCUUUAAAAGAUCUAAAAGCAUUCCAGCACUUUAGUUCUUCUAAUAGAUGA